AUGACAGAUUCAGAGAAUGGACAUGUUGGAGAAUCUUCAAGGACGUGUCAGCAAAGAUUAGAAAAGCGGAGACAAAAUCAGAGACUCGUAGUGGAAAAAACUCAACCUGUUGAAACAUCCUCCAGUGCACGUUCACACCCAAAUGAGAAUCAACAAAAUAAACUGAGUAGAGAAAUAGGGCCUUAUACCGAGCAGAACGUGGUUCGAUUUCAAAGCAAAAGUACUCCGGUUGAGCACGAAAGCAUAUCAAAUGUCAUUCCAAGUGUUCCUGGAACGAUGGGUUCAAAUAUGGCACCACCAAAAUCUAAUACAUCUUAUGAGAGUUUGUUGAGCCAAAAUAUUAGUGGAUCUUCCACUGCAUAUCAUCCUCCUUUUCUUCAAAGUAGUAAUAAUAAUAAUAAUAACAAUAAUGCUAGAGCUCAUUCAAUAAGUGAUAAUAUAUCCUCAGUAAUGUCUCCAUCGCCACAAGAAAAUUAUGAAUUUCAUCAUAAUAAUAGGGAGAAAUCAAUUAUUUUGGGGAUACUUAUUGCAGCAUUAAAUGAAAUGGCAGAACUUUUAAAAUUCGAUAUUCCAAUUUCUAUUGAAUCAUCAAUUAGUAAUGAAUUUUUAUUUAAUUGGGAGAAUUAUGAGGAAAUAUUUUCAAAUCCAAAUCAGCCUGGCGAAUCACCGACAACUCGAUUUGAAUCAUCAAAGGUUUAUGGAGUGGUGCCAAUGAAUGUAAUUGAGUUGAUCCAAAAUUUUCUUGAUCCGAUCAAAUGGAUGAACAUGGUUCCUACCAUUGUCACCAAAGCUAGGACUGUUGAAGUACUUGAUUCGGGAGAUUUAGGAGGCUCUAUGCAAUUGAUGUAUGAAAAGUUACAUAUUCUAUCUCCUCUAGUUGAAGCUAGAAAUUAUUACUUUAUACGUUAUUUUAGAAAACUUGAUGAAAAAACAUGGAUUAUGGUGGAUGUUUCAUAUGAUCUAAUCAAAGAGAUCCAAAGUGGUGAAACUUCUCAUGCUUGGAAAUUUCCUUCUGGUUGUGCAAUCCAAGAUUUGGAACAUGGAGAAAGUAGGGUUACUUGGAUUGAACAUGUUCAAGUAGAUGAAAAAAUUCCAGUCCAUAAUAUGUUUUUGCCUUUAUUGAUUGACCGUCAAACAUAUGGAGCUAAAAGAUGGAUUGUUACACUUCAAAGAAUGUGCGAAAGAUAUAGUGUUGAAGUGGGUGCAACAAGUCUUUCUAGGCAUGAUCCAAAACAAGUGCUCAAUGAUCCAGAAAUCCUCGAAAAUAUAAUGCAAAUAUCUCUAAGGAUGGUGAAGAGGUUUUGUGAAAUCCUAAGCAUGACUGAAAAAUUAGAUUUUCCAACUUCGUCAAAAUUUAAAAGUGAAGAUAGAGUUUCUAUAAGAAAAAAUGAAGACAUUACACAACAAAAAGGCUUCAUUAUCACUGCUGCUACUUCCCUCUGGCUUCCUCUUUCAUGCCGAAAUGUUUUUAAUUUCCUCAAAGAUAAUAACUCAAGGUGUCAGGUAUGUUUUAUAAUCUUGAUAUGGGAUGUUUUGGCUGGUGAAAAUACUGUCACUGAAUUAGCAAGAAUAGAAACAGGAUGUGUUCCAGGAAACAAUAUUACAAUCAUUCAGCCUUAUGUUCCAGAAGAGAAAAACAUGUUGAUUCUUCAAGAGUCCGCCAUUGAUGAAUUGGGAGCAUUUUUAAUCUACGCACCCAUUGAUUUGUCAACAGUCAAUUCAAUUUUUAAUGGAGGUGAUGUCAACAAAGUUUCCAUUUUGCCUUCAGGAUUCAUCAUAUGUCCCGAUGGUCGCCACAAUUUGGACACAUACAUUACUAAAAAUGCACAAAAUGGUUCAAUUUUGACAAUGGCUUUUCAAAUAUUGAUUUGUCAUGCCGACAACGCUUCAAUCUCCUUGAAGCAACAAAAGAGUGCAGUGACUUCUGUUCAUAACCUUUUGAGCUCUACAGUUUUAAAAAUUAAAGCAACAUUAGGUUGCUCUGACUAA